GGAGAGAGGAAUAUUCACAGUCAACAGCCGUCUUCGCUAGAAGUACAUUGUUUAGUCCAAAAACAGUUUUUAAUCAGACAUCAUGCAAAAAUACGUGUUGGUAGCCCUUGCUUUUGUCGCCGCGGCGGCCGCUGCGCCCCAACAAGCUGCUCCAGAACCGAUCUACAUACUCAAACACGACGCCAUUGUCAAUCCAGACGGAUACAACUUUGAGUUUGAGACAAGCGAUGGUACUCAGCGUCAAGAAAGCGGCACACUAAGGCAAAUCUCUGAAGACGUCAAGGCGCUUGCAGUGCAAGGCAGCUACAAAUACGCAGCACCUGACGGUCUCAUUUACACCGUGACCUACGUGGCUGACGAACACGGCUUCCAGCCCCAGGAACGCGUCGAACACCCCGGACAAUAAAUGGGAAUAAUCUUGCAAUACUUAGUAUCACAUCAAGGAGUUUUAACAUCUAAGAAUCGUAGAUUUAAUUGAUUUGAUCAGCAAUCUAUGAACUUAAAUCAAAUGUCAUUGAACAACGAAAGUUACGUAAUUCAGCUAUUACAUUAUCAUUAUCAUGGCCUUAUUGAAAUGGGAAAUGUCUCCAUAGACGUAUGACACGGUCAUUUAACUCUAAUGUAAGAUUUCUGAGUGUUGACAAUCUUUCCAUUAUAUUAAUGGAUUUGUUUGUGAUUUUUGUAUCGAUUUCUAUUAUUUUUUUACUGUUUUUAAUCUUCAAAUAAAUGUUU